AAGGCUGAGAACCAUCCACGGACUCUCCGGCAACCGACCCACACGGAACAGCCGCUACCACCACCGCCAGCAUGAAGAUGGCCAACUGCGCUGCCCUUCUGGGGCUGGUCCUUCUUGGCUGCCUUUCUGAUCUUGCUGUUGCUCAAAGACGGGCCAACUGCGGCGCCUACCUGACGACCGGAAAAACCAUGAACGUCGUCUGUCCCCGCACCUACGACCCCGUGUGUGGCACCAACGGCCGCACCUACCCCAACGAGUGCUCCCUCUGCAGGGACUUCUUCCGCAACCGUGCUCUUGACAAGAAACACGAUGGAAGAUGCGUUAGGGUCGACUGUACUGGUUUCCUGAAGCCUGGCAGUGGUUUCAACAUCCCCUGCACCAUGGAGUACUCCCCCAUCUGCGGCACCAAUGGCAUCACCUACAGGAACAAGUGCCAGUUCUGUACUGCUGUGGCGAGCGGCCUGGAUGUGAACCUGCAGUCCUACGGACAGUGCUUCCAGCAACAAAAUGUCAACAUCGACUGCAGCGCUUUCCAGCAGAAGGGCGGCAGCCUGGUCUGCACCUCCGAGUACACCCCCAUCUGCGGCUCCGACGGCAGAACCUACUCAAACAAGUGCCAGUUCUGCAGCGCUGUCUCACGCAGCCUUGGAAGUCUGUUCGCCAGGCACCAGGGCGAAUGCUAAGCGCUGGAGCUGGACCCUUCAACAUGACAUUUCCCUCACAAAUUCUGCAAUCAAACAUGCUCUUCCUUGCUCCCUCAACUGUUAUGCAUCAGUCUCUGCUUUGAUUGAUCAAUAAAUUAAA